UUUCAUCAUAGUCAAAUGGAAAUUUUGAAUAAAAUCAUCAUAAUAGCUUUUCUUUCGAUGUCAACUGUUGACACUAUGUCAACUACUUUGAUCCCAAAUUACGAAUCAUUGACCGCUAUUAGAAGAUUGCAAAAUCAAGAUUUGUACUUAGCUAUCAACAAAUUUAAAAAUUAUUAUGAGAAUGAGUUUCAUAAUAAUGCAAUGAAUUCAAUGAUCCCAUCUGUUGAUGAUACUGACAAUGGUGUAAGAAAAAGUAGCGUUCAAGAAAUCCACGAUCUUGAUACCGCAGCAGGAACUAACGUUCUUCGUCCUCUGUUUGUAUAUCGACAACAGUUGGCAUAUCGUGAUCGCGUUAAGAAAGGAGUAGCUAGACGUUUUGGUAUUAGACCCAGAUUUUAAUUUCUAAGAAACAAUUUUAAUUUUAUGCAUUUAUAGAAUUUUAGGAU